AUGUCUUCCUUCUUCCUUCCCGACAUCGACGACCCAUUGCUGCCGGAUCCCCACACCACCGGCACCCCCUCAUCUCCUUAUACAACCUCCGACCAUCGCCUGCUCACUAGAUCGUCGGAAACGCCUCCAACUUCCCCACUCGAUUCUGUGGACAGAUUUGGGGAUUCAAAUCCCAAGGCUGGGAAGAAAGCUCUCAAGGGUACCCAUCUUGAAGGUGAUAGACUCGAGAAGAUGAAACUUGAAUUUGGAAUUGCUGGGGAAGUUUACGAGUGUUCGGGAGAAUUAUGGGUUUAUGGUAGACUAUCAGUUGCAGGGGAAUGGAGUGAAUUAUCAUAUUAUAGGAAGGCUAAAGAUAUUGCAGAGGCUGCGCUUUAUCUUGCAAGUGAUGAAUCAAGAUAUGACUUCUCUGUUUCUUUGUCUGGUAAAGUCCCUCUGACGUAUUCAUGGUAUGGAACCCGUUCCCACCCUUCAGAGUUAACUGCUGGAGUCUAUAACACAGUAAAUAGAGACGGUUAUGAGGCAAUUGCUGAAACUUUCUCGAGAAAUUCGUGCAAUAUUAUACUUCCUAGAAUGGACCUAUCGGAUGAUCACCAGCCAAAUGAAUCCCGGUCGAGCCCAGAAUUAUUGCUUGCUCAAAUAACAGCGUCUUGCAGAAAGCACGGAGUCGAAGUCUCGGGCCAAAACUCUCUGGUUUCAGGUGGUCCUAAAGCUAUCAAACAAAUAAAAAAGAACUUGUUAGGUGAAAAUGCAGUCGACUUGUUUACGUAUCAAAGAAUGGGAGCUUAUUUCUUUUCUCCUGAUCAUUUCCCUUCGUUUACUCAAUUCGUCCAGAACUUGAAACAGUUAAAUCUGCACUCGGAUGAUUUGCCACUGAAAGAUGACGAAACUGCCGACUCCCUCCCUGAUAUGAAUCUCCACAAGCAAGUUGCUUAA